UAAUGAAGGCUUAUUUCACCGCAGGAUAUCCCAGAAGCUCCUGAGAGACUGAUGACGGACACCAUUAAUGAGCCCAUCUUGCUAUGUCGAUUUCCCGUAGAGAUCAAGUCCUUCUACAUGCAGCGAUGUCCUGAGGAUUCCCGCCUUACAGAAUCUGUGGAUGUGUUGAUGCCAAAUGUUGGUGAGAUUGUGGGAGGCUCAAUGCGUAUCUGGGAUAGUGAAGAAAUGCUGGCGGGUUAUAAAAGGGAAGGGAUUGACCCCACUCCCUACUACUGGUACACAGAUCAGAGAAAAUAUGGCACAUGUCCUCAUGGCGGAUAUGGCUUGGGCUUGGAACGAUUCUUGACCUGGAUUCUGAAUAGGUAUCACAUCCGAGACGUAUGCUUAUACCCACGAUUUGUCCAGCGUUGCAAACCAUAACUGAUUCCUCCAGAAACAUUAAGCAAAGAAUACAGUUUAUGAAAGGAACAGACUGCCUCUUUCAAAAAAAAAGCCAAAAUCUUCCCUUUUUUAUUCCAUUCAUGUUUAUCUAUUUCUUUUUUCUCUACCACCAAAAGCAAUCCAAAUCAUUUGAAUAUCAAGUAACAUCCAUAUUGUCUUUGGUUUUUUUUGGUAUUGUCAUUUAAAAAAACAAUAUCCAUCAGAAAGUUUGGGGGAAACAUGUGGCAUGUAACACUACAGUUAUAAAUCCAUUUCAGCAUUUUUAUCUAAUUAUAGGUUAUAAUUUUUGCAUCAUUUAUGCCGCAUAUAUACUUAAACAGGUUUUAAUUAUGGACUAAGACAUUCCAGUAACUUAAUCGUUUCGUCCUGUUAAGUGUAACUGGAAUUCUUUAAUUUAUGUCAUUUUAUUGUAUCCAUGAGUUAGAACAUCUUGGGGGAAAAUUAACAGUGUGGUGUAAAAAUCUGCUAGUAUUAGAACAAUGUGAUUCAAUAAUAGAUACUGGAAUCAAACACACUUUUGCAUUGGUUAUUAAUCUUUUCUAAUUGUGUAGAGCUGCUUAUAAUUCUGAAGCAUAUGAAUUGGUGUGGAAGAAUUUGUAAAAAUGGAAUUGCCCUAAACAAUUUGAAGCUACGGCAAAAAAAAUUUUUUUUUUUUGCUUCCUAGCGUUAGGUUAAGCUAAAGAGGCAGUGAGCUUCCCUCUUUCCUGGUAAUUUCUAAGUAAUUAAGAAUAAAGAAAUUCCGAAAGAAUUUGCAGCUGGAAUCUUAAUGACAAUUGUACGUGGCUGUCUGAGUCUUCCCACACUGUGUCUUUAGAUCUAAUCUGUGUUACCUUAUUAACUCCUAGCAGGCUUAUUGAAUGCCUUCAUUUCAGAUUUGGUUAAUUUCUCUCCCAAAAUGCAUGUCAUGUAUUCUCAAUAGGCUGUAUUCCCAGCAAUCAAUAAAUGGACACACAUAAAAACUA